AUGGGCGUCUUCAUCGUCACGGGGGCCAGCAAAGGCCUCGGCGCCGCCGUCACGGACGAGCUGCUCGCGCAAGGCCACAGGGUUGUCGUCGCGGCGCGCAGCAAGGAACCGCUCGAGGCCUUCAAGGCGGCGCAUCCGGGGCGCGUCGUGUACGUCGUGGGCGACAUGACAGACGACGCCACGCCCACCAAACUGGUAUCGCUCGCCGUUGCCUUUGGCGGGUUGGACGGCGUCGUCAUCAACCACGGCUGUCUCGACGCGCAGACGAUCGAGGGGUCCACGAUGCAGGGUUGGAAAAAGGUCUUCGACACCAACGUCUUCAGCUGCGUCGCCAUGGCCAAGGCCGCCAUGGCGGAGCUACGCAAGAGCCACGGCUGCAUCGUCUGGAUAUCGUCGGGGGCCGCGUCCAAGCCGUACAUGGCCUGGGGCCCGUACGGGUCGUCCAAGGCGGCCCUCAACGCCAUCUCGAACCACGUGGCCGUCGAGGAAGCCGACGUGACGAGCAUCACCAUUUCACCGGGGCGAAUCGACACCGACAUGCAGGCGGAGCUGCGGGCGUCGGGCAAGGACAUCAUGGACGAGGCGCAGUACCAGAGCUUCGUCGACGCCUUUGAGCAGGGCACGCUGCUGGCGCCCAAGGAGCCCGGCGGGGUCAUUGCCCGAUUCGUGGCGAGGCCAGACAAGUCACUGUCGGGACGGAACCUCACGUGGAACUCGCCCGAGCUCGCGGCCUACAAGACGUCGGACUAG